AUGGCGCCGAUCCUCACCACCAACCCAAGUGUAACGCUCACUCCAGAGCCACUGACACCAAUGAACUUUGCACCAUUCGGCACAGCACUCGUCUCCCCCCUUACCACGCGCGCUGAGCCGAACCAAAACUCCGCAUUGAAGUACAGCCCCAUCUCCCCGCUUCUCGACCGCUACACAAAUGGCUGCCCAAGCGGCCAACCUGCCGAAGCGCGCAUGACCAUGUUCUGCUGCUUCCCGCGCAAACUGCGCACUGUCUAUGCGGGUCGGCAGCAGGCUAAGCCGGACCAGGAAGUCUUCGAUGUGCGUAUUCUUGAACGUCAUCCGUUUACGAACCAGACGUUUAUUCCGGUGGAUUUGUCAAGCCGGGAGAAGGUCGGCGGGGAGGAGGAGGAGGAGCCGUUGUUUUUGGUUGUUGUGGCGCCUACUUUGAAGGGGAAGACUGCUACGGCGAAGAAUGAGGCGGGGGAGGUGGUUACCAUUCGUGACCCGCCGGAUUUGGAGAAUGUGAAGGCUUUUGUGGCGCGGGGUGGUCAGGCUGUUACUUAUGGUGUUGGGACGUGGCAUGCGCCUAUGGUUGUUCUGGGGAAGAGACGGGUUGAUUUUGUUGUCGUGCAGUUUGUUAACGGGGUUGGUGAGGAGGAUUGUCAGGAGGCUGCGUUUGGGGAGGGUGUGGUUGUUAAUCUUGGAAAGAAGGGUCAGCUUGGUCGGGCUGAGAAAGGUCCGGCGAAGUUGUGGUCUAAGCUGUGA